GCCCAUCUGACAUACCAGAGCCGCGGGUGGCUGUGCACCGCAGGGAUGUAUUUCAGCUGGGCUGCAGGAAGCCGGAAGCCUCGGCGCCUGAAGGCGGGAACCAGCGGCAUUGAACUCUUGCAGGCAGCCAGCGGGGAACACCACUCGCUCCUACUGUUCAGCAACCACAGGGUGUAUUCCUGCGGGGACAACAGCUGGGGACAGCUGGGCCAGAGGAGAGACCAGAGUACCGAAAGGCCAGAACCAAUUCAGGCACUGAAUGAUCUGCAUGUUGACCUGGUGAGCUGUGGGAAGGAACACUCUGUGGCUGUCUGCCACAAAGGAAAGGUCUUCGCUUGGGGAGCCGGUUCUGAAGGGCAGCUGGGGAUUGGAGAAUUUAAGGAAAUAAGCUUUAUGCCUACGAAAAUAAAAGCUCUGGCUGGCAUAAAAAUAAUCCAAGUUUCCUGUGGACACUACCACUCUUUGGCCUUAUCAGAAGAUGGCCACGUGUUUUCAUGGGGAAGGAACAGUGAAGGACAACUGGGCCUGGGGAAGAAUUCCCGUUCUCAAGCUAUUCCACAGAAGGUGAAGUCUCUGGAGGGGAUCCCACUGGCUCAGGUUGCUGCAGGUGGCACACACAGUUUUGCUCUGUCUCUCACGGGGACAUCAUUUGGCUGGGGGAGCAACAGAUCUGGGCAGUUGGCUCUCAGCGGGAACAAAGUUAAAGAACAAAUCUACAAGCCGCAUUCAAUUGGUGCCCUGAAGAAUCUGAGUGUGAUUUAUAUUAGCUGUGGUUAUGAGCAUACUGCAGUGCUUACUGAGGAGGGACAAGUGUUUACAUUUGGAGGCAAUAGCUCUGGACAACUACAGCCCAGCCCCAGGAGUGGACAAAGAGGCCCACAACUCAUAGAAGGAAUUGGUGGCCGUGUUUCACAGAUAGAGUGCGCAAGUUAUCACACCAUUGCAUAUGUCUACACCACUGGUCAGGUGGUAUCUUUAGGCCGUGGACCAAGUCACACAAGCAACCCAACUCAUCAGGAGGCCCCCGCAGAGAACUCUGAUAUUACCUGCCUGCUAGCUGCAGAGGACCUUGUGGAUAUUGAAGUCAAAGACAUUUUUGCUGGAGCACACGCCAACUUUGUGACAACUCGUCGGGUAUCACAUACUAGGUCUACAGGUGUUUCCAUGAAAAUCCUGCCAGAAAUAAUCCGAAUCAACCAGUCUCUGGUAAAGAAAUGGAGAGCAGCAAAUAAAAGAAAAGAUCGUGAAGGCGCCAAAAGAGAAAUCAGCUUGAUAUUUUCAUCUUCUGCUUGUUUGACAGCGAGCUUUCUGAAGAAAAGAGAUGCUGGAGAGAAUAAUCUCAUUGAUGUGGACUUAAAACUGGCAAGAGAUGUCUUCAAGAAGUUAACAACAGAGAAAUGGAUUUCUUCUUUGAUAACCACGUGUCUUGAGGAGUAUCUGCUCAGAGAUCUUCCAUACAGUUCUCCACACCAAGAAGCUCUACUUGUUUUUCUUUUGCUCCCAGAAUGUUCCAUUAUGCAGGAUCCUAAGAACUGGAAGACCCUGGCAUUUGAAUUUGCAAAAGCUAUUCAUAAAAUGGGUCCACAGUCAUUAGCAUUCCUGAGAACGUGUUGGGCAUCUUUGGAAGUUUCUUCACUGAACAUACUGGUUCAGAUGCUAAAGAAAGCCAUCAUCUCUCAAAUACAGUAUGGAGUUGCAACGGAGCAGUAUAUUACUAAUAUUAAAGUUCUUUUAGAAGUGAUAAAAGAAGUGCAUAAGGCUAACUGUCAACUUCCAGAAAGUGCCUUCAUCAUAAAUGAGCUUUCUGGCAUCUUUAACUUUGAUGCAGAGGCAGGAAGAAUGUUCAUACGGCAUAACGAUCUGGACUGUACAGAAUCCUCAGAUAUGGUUGUUUUCAGUGAUUUUCUAUUUGUCUUUGAUUUGCCAUCCAAAAUUAAACUAAUGAAAUGUGACUCAUUUGUAAAACUGAUGUCUGAAGUCAUGGCAUUUCCAGAAAAGAUGAGCUCCCCACCAUACCUUAUACUGAAAGUCAGACGAAGUCACCUGGUGGAAGACACAUUGCGUCAAUUAAGACAAGUGGAAGACUUUGACCUUAGGAAGCAACUAUCGGUUGGAUUUAUUAAUGAAAUUCGUCCUGAGGCUGGGGGAGUGAGUUCAGAGUUCUUCCACUGUAUAUUUGAAGAGAUGACAGACCCCAAAUAUGAAAUGUUCAUAUAUCCUGAAAAGGGUUCCAGCAUGUGGUUUCCAGUCAAUCCCAAGUUUGAGAAGAGCAGCUAUUUCCUAUUUGGGAUCUUAUGUGGACUCUCCCUACAUAACUUAAAGGUUAUCAACCUUCCUUUCCCACUGGCUUUAUAUAAAAAACUUUUGAACCAAAAGCCAUCUUUGGAAGACUUAAAAGAACUUAGUCUUCCCUUGGGGAGGAAUUUGCAAGAAGUUCUAAAUUGUGAGGCUGGUGAUAUUGAAGAACUUCACAUGUAUUUUUCUAUAUACUGGGAUCAAAAAGAUGUUGAUUUAAUUCCAGAUGGGAUCUCUGUGCCUGUGAAUGAAACCAACAAGAGAGACUAUGUGUCUAAGUAUGUUGAUUACAUUUUUAACAUCUCUAUAAAGACGAUUUAUGAAGAAUUUCAUAGAGGAUUUUACAAAGUGUGUAACUGGGAUAUAAUUAGGCAAUUCCAGCCCGAAGAACUAAUGACAGCAAUAAUUGGAAAUGCUACUUGUGACUGGAAACAAUUUGAAAAUAAUUCAAAGUAUAAAGAUGGAUAUGACAAAUCACACCCAACUAUUCUGCUGUUUUGGAAGGCUUUCCAUGACUUAACUUUGGAUGAAAAGAAAAAAUUCCUCUUGUUUCUUACAGGAUGUGAUAGGCUGCAUGUGAAAGGCCUACAGAAUGAAGGAAUAGUAUUCCGGUGUUCUGAAACCUUCAGUGAAGAAGAUAACCCAAGAUCAUUGACAUGUCACAGGAUGCUAGACCUACCUAAGUAUUCCUCAAUGCGAAGGAUGAAGGAAGCACUUCAGGUUGCAAUCAACAAUAGCACGGGAUUUGUCUCACAGGAAUGAUGCAGAAACAUUCACCUCCCAGCAGUUCACAGCCUCGGGAACUAGGUGUUUCACUUUGGGAUUCUUCUGUCUUUCCUUAAUCUAAGUAGGGACAAGAGGUUAAAGGAUUUUACUUGAAUUGCACAGUUUUUGAGAUAAAUAAAUUAUAAAUUAAUACUUUAGUGAAAAAAUUCUGUAAAACAUUUGCUGCAUUCUUAACUUUGAUGCUUUUGAAUGUUUGUUUUGGCUGAAAUAUUUCCUGAACAACAAUGUUCAUUUAAUAAUAUACUAAAUAUUUAAAAUGUUCAAUAUUGUGAGCUAAAGAGAGAGCUCAAUGUUUAAGAUCACUGGCUGCUCUUCCAGAGGACCAGGGCUCAGUUCCCAGCACCCACAAUGGCUACUCACCUCUCGUCUUUAACUCCAGUCCUAAGGGAUCCAACACCCUCCUCUGGCCUCCAAGACAUUCCAUGGAUAUGGUACACAGAUAUACAUGCCACCAAAACACUCAAACACCUAAAUUAAAAAAACAAAUAAAAUAAAAUAGUGUUUAUUUAAAGAUUUAUGGUACCUAUAAUAAACUAUUAGUUUGAAAAUAUUAAGAAACCAUGCUUGCAAAGCUUUCAACGUGUUUUUGAAGCAUAUAGGUGCAUAUUUUGUAUUAAGGAAUAUAAUUAGAGUUGUGAUUUUAGAAAAUUCUAAAUGAUUUAUUUUCAACUUCUAAGUGUUGACAUUUAUUAUUCAUCAAAGGUACUUAUACUUAGUACAGUGUUCCAAAAUACAUUCUAAACAUAGAUAAUGUUAUUUUAGUAAAAUACUGAAAACAAUCAAGAACUCAUACCUACUCAUGGUUGGCAAAAUGGGAAGAAGUUGAAAUAUGUCUUAUUAUGAUGCUAUAGAGUAAAUUAAUGAAGCAAUGUAACUGCUAUGGAAAAUGACCAAUACAUCUUGUAUACUAGUUCUACUUAAUGUUAGAACUUAAUUUGAAUUACACAGCUUUGAAAUAAUUUCAUAAAUAUAAUUUGUCAUAAGAAUGACAUAUAUGCUGCUGUGACAAUCACUCAUCAUAAAAGUUCCAUUUCUGUAAAGAUGUUGUAUCUUUAUAGACUUAUCAGACUUUAUAUGUGAGAUGUUUACUGGACUCCAAAGAAACCAAAUAAGCUAAUUAAAAAUAGAUCAUUUAAAGAAAAUAAAAUGAUUGUCAUCAAUUGCUACAACAAAAGCAAAUGAAUCGUUAGAAGAGGGAAUACGCUUCAGCUAAUUCUCGGAUUCCAACAUUGCUCCAGUACCAGACAAAGAUGUCACAGAGAGAGGAAACCAUAGAUAUCUUACGUGAACAGACACCAAAAUCCUUCCCUACAUUUUAAUAUACUUAGAACAUCCAAUACAAUAUAGAGUGUGGUGCCUCACAACCAAGUGGGAAUUAACCUGGAGAUGCACUUAAAAAUCAACUACAUCUCAACAGACUGAUAGGAAAGAAUGUCCAUAUAGUACCUCAGAAUAGACAGAAAAGUAACUGAGCAAAAUGUAGCACCUAGUCAUGUAUGAGAAAGCCAACAAGGCCUAAAGGAAACUGCCAAUUUGAUAAAACCUAGAUACGUUUGACUUCUUAAUGGCAAAAGACUAAAUGCUGCCCACUGGCAAGAAGAUGGGAAGGCCUAUCAUGUACAUAUAACAUUGUAUUCAGGAUAUGAAUUUAUAUUAUAAAUAAUGACAAUAAAAAACAUAAAUUCAAAACCAAAGAACAAAAAGCCUUAUUUUCAGAUUAUAUUAAUCACAUAGAAGAGUCUUAAAAAGCACAUUAAAUAAAUGUAGAAAGAGCUCAGGACUCAAGAUCACAAACACACAGUGAAUUGGAAAAUCAUUGUCAUCUAUCAUAUGAAAAAUUGGAAAUAACAGAGAGUAAUUUUAAUAAGUUUUUAAAAUAUUUUAUAAUGAAAACUAUAUUGUUUAAAGAAACUAAUGAAGUCUUAAAUCAAUAUGUAUAAAAAGAUCAGAUUUACUGAUAGCGACAUGCUAUUAUUCCAAGGUUUGUGGGUAUGUGUGUGUAUAUGGUAUGUAUUUGUGUGUAUCUUUGCAUGUGUGCGUGGUGUUUAUGUGUGCAUAUCUGUGUCUCUGUAUGUGUGUCUGUAUUUCUGUGUGUAUGUCUGUGUGUGUGGUAUGUGUCCGACUGUCUAUGUCUGUGUAUGAGACUUACUGUGAUGCUUAUUGUUUACAGGGAAUGUUUGGUCUUAGACCUAGAAAAG